AUGGAAGGGAAGAAAAAAACCACAAAAGGUCUUCUCUUCCUGUCUCUCGCCCUUGCCCUCUCUGUGUCGCUCUCCGCGGCCGCCACCACCCACCCUUUUCAACUCCAAACUCAAACCUUACAUCUCCACUCCCUCCCCCAUCCACCCACCCUCUCAUGGCCCGAAUCUGAAGACCUUUCAGAACCCGACCCGGAAGAAGCUCUCUCCCUUAGCCUCCACCAUAUAGACGCACUCUCCUCUGACCAAAGCCCGGAGCAGCUCUUCCACCUCAGGCUCCAACGCGACGCCAAAAGAGUUGAAUCCUUACUCACACUUGCAGGCCUCAACACCAGUCACGCGCACAGAUCCGGCUCGGGUUUCAGUAGCUCCAUCAUAUCGGGUCUAGCACAAGGUAGCGGCGAGUACUUCACGCGUAUUGGCGUGGGUACUCCUGCUAGGUAUGUCUACAUGGUCUUGGACACCGGUAGCGACGUCGUGUGGCUCCAAUGCGCCCCUUGCCGCAAGUGCUACUCCCAAACCGACCCCGUUUUUGACCCCACCAAAUCCCAAACCUACGCCGGAAUCCCCUGUGGAGCCCCUCUCUGCCGCAGGUUAGACACUCCCGGUUGCAACAAGAACAAGGUUUGCCAAUACCAGGUUUCCUAUGGCGAUGGUUCCUUCACAGUCGGCGAUUUCUCCACCGAAACACUGACGUUUCGAAGGACGAGAGUCACGCGCGUCGCUCUCGGCUGUGGCCACGACAACGAAGGGCUUUUCAUAGGCGCCGCUGGUUUAUUGGGCCUGGGUCAGGGUAAGUUAUCGUUUCCGGUACAGACCGGACGCCGGUUCAACCAGAAAUUCUCUUACUGCCUCGUGGACCGUUCCGCCUCGGCCAAACCGUCUUCUGUUGUCUUUGGAGAUUCCGCUGUUUCCCGAACAGCGCGGUUCACUCCUCUCCUCAAAAACUCCAAGCUCGACACCUUCUACUACGUGGAGCUUCUCGGGAUCAGUGUCGGUGGUGCGCCGGUACGUGGCCUCUCAGCCUCUCUCUUCCGCCUAGAUGCCGCCGGAAACGGCGGCGUUAUCAUCGAUUCGGGCACGUCUGUCACGCGGUUGACCCGGCCCGCCUACAUUGCUCUCCGGGAUGCAUUCCGCGUCGGAGCCUCGCGCCUGAAGCGAGCACCGGAGUUCUCGCUCUUUGACACGUGUUUCGAUCUUUCCGGGCUCACUGAGGUGAAGGUGCCGACGGUGGUGUUACAUUUCCGCGGUGCCGAUGUAUCACUUCCGGCUACGAAUUACUUGAUUCCGGUGGAUAAUAGCGGGAGCUUCUGCUUCGCUUUUGCGGGAACCAUGAGCGGUUUGUCCAUAAUUGGUAACAUCCAACAGCAAGGAUUCCGGGUCUCGUACGACCUGGCGGGUUUGCGGGUCGGAUUUGCACCGAGAGGUUGUGUUUGA